GGGAAGCCACAGGGGCAGGAGGGGAGCGGGAGCCUCCCCUCUUACUGCCCUUCUCCCGUUACAGAGGCUGUGGUCAAUAGCCAGGAAUGGACUCUGAGCCGCUCGAUUCCUGAACUGCGCCUGGGUGUGCUGGGCGACGCCAGGAGUGGGAAGUCAUCGCUCAUUCACCGAUUCCUGACAGGCUCAUACCAGGUGCUGGAGAAGACGGAGAGUGAGCAGUACAAGAAAGAGAUGUUGGUGGAUGGGCAGACUCAUCUGGUGCUAAUCCGAGAGGAGGCUGGGGCACCUGAUGCCAAGUUCUCAGGCUGGGCAGAUGCUGUGAUCUUCGUCUUCAGCCUGGAGGAUGAGAACAGUUUCCAGGCUGUGAGCCGUCUCCAUGGGCAGCUGAGUUCCCUGCGGGGGGAGGGACGAGGAGGCCUGGCCUUGGCACUGGUGGGGACACAAGACAGGAUCAGUGCUUCCUCCCCUCGGGUGGUGGGCGAUGCUCGUGCCAGGGCUCUGUGCACGGACAUGAAACGCUGCAGCUACUAUGAGACUUGUGCAACCUAUGGGCUCAACGUGGAUCGGGUCUUCCAAGAGGUGGCCCAGAAGGUGGUGACUUUGCGCAAACAGCAACAGCUCCUGGCCGCCUGCAAGUCCCUGCCCAGCUCCCCAAGUCACUCAGCUGCUUCCACCCCCGUAGCCGGGCAGGCUAGUAACGGGGGCCACACCAGUGAUUACUCUUCUUCCCUCCCGUCCUCACCCAACGUUGGUCACCGGGAGCUCCGAGCUGAGGCAGUGGCAGUAGCUGGAUUGAGCACCCCAGGGUCUCUGCACCGGGCGGCCAAGCGCAGGACCAGCCUGUUUGCGAAUCGUCGGGGCAGUGACUCUGAGAAACGGAGUUUGGACAGCCGAGGAGAGAUGACAGGGAGUGGGCGAGCCAUCCCCAUCAAACAGAGCUUCCUGUUAAAGCGAAGUGGCAAUUCCUUGAACAAAGAAUGGAAGAAGAAAUACGUGACCCUGUCUAGUAAUGGCUUCCUACUCUACCACCCCAGCAUUAAUGACUACAUCCACAGCACCCACGGCAAAGAGAUGGACUUGCUGCGCACAACGGUCAAAGUCCCCGGCAAGCGGCCCCCGAGGGCCAUCUCUGCCUUUGGCCCCUCCGCCAGCAUUAAUGGGCUGGUCAAGGACAUGAGCACCGUCCAGAUGGGUGAAGGCCUUGAUGCCACUACUCCUGUGCCAAGCCAGCCCAGCCCCAGUUCCCUGCAACCACCACAAGACCAGACAUCCAAGCACCUGCUGAAGCCAGACCGGAAUUUGGCCCGAGCCCUCAGCACCGACUGUACCCCAUCUGGAGACCUGAGCCCCCUGAGUCGGGAACCCCCUCCUUCUCCCAUGGUGAAGAAGCAGAGGAGGAAAAAACUGACGACACCGUCCAAGACCGAAGGCUCGGCCGGGCAGGCGGAAGCCAAGCGCAAAAUGUGGAAACUAAAAUCCUUUGGUAGUUUAAGAAAUAUUUAUAAAGCAGAGGAAAACUUUGAGUUCCUGAUCGUGUCCAGCACCGGCCAGACGUGGCACUUUGAGGCUGCCAGUUUUGAGGAGCGGGACGCCUGGGUCCAGGCCAUCGAAAGUCAGAUCCUAGCCAGUCUGCAAUGCUGUGAGAGCAGCAAGGUCAAGCUGCGCACAGACAGCCAAAGCGAAGCCGUGGCCAUCCAGGCGAUCCGGAACGCCAAGGGGAACUCCAUCUGCGUGGACUGCGGGGCUCCCAACCCCACGUGGGCCAGCUUGAACCUGGGCGCACUCAUCUGCAUCGAGUGUUCCGGCAUCCACCGCAACCUGGGCACGCACCUGUCCCGCGUGCGCUCGCUGGACCUGGACGACUGGCCGCGGGAGCUGACCCUGGUGCUGACGGCCAUCGGCAACGAUAUGGCCAACCGCGUGUGGGAGAGCGACACGCGGGGCCGCGCUAAGCCCACGCGGGACUCUUCGCGGGAGGAGCGCGAGUCGUGGAUUCGCGCCAAGUACGAGCAGCUGCUGUUCCUGGCGCCGCUGGGCACCGCGGAGGAGCCGCUGGGCCGCCAGCUGUGGGCCGCGGUGCAGGCACGGAGACCCCCGCGCGACACGCCCCCUUCACUGUGUCCACGCUCGGAUUGCUGUGGGUCUGCCCGCUCGCUGCCUGCGGGAGGGGACGCCUCUCUGCCCCGCGGUACCGGCUCCGGGGCGCCGGGACAGGCCCGCCGGCGCCCCCAGGGGCGGGAAAAGGACCCAGUCCUGCCUGUGCUCGGCAGCCCCAGGGCGGGAGCCCAGACCCAGGCUGGCUCCUGGGGCGACGCCACGCCGGGGGGAGGAGUUGGUGCGCGGGUGGGCCAGCCCUGGGACUUGGGGCCGCUCUGGGGACUCCACCCCUUCUAA